UGUCGGAACGAACUACGGCGAGCAGCUUGGUCCUUAAAGCCGGCGGAUCUUCAUUGUUGCCCGAAGCAAACGACUAAAACAACAUAACUGUCCGCAGAAUAAGGUGAAUAUACACGUCGUUUCCAACAGAAUGAGGAGCGGCAGGUGCAGCGUGCCGUGGGGGGGUCUGCUCGUCCUCCUGUCCUGCUCUCUGCUGUGUGUCCACUCUCACGUGGAUCCCCAGAAGGACCCGCAGGUCGUCCUGAGUGGCGCUCACAUGUCCGGUCACGGUCGCCUGGACAAAAACAUGAUCCAGGACAAAGACCACAUCAUGGAGCAUUUGGAGGGAGUGAUCGACCAGCCAGAGAAGGAGAUGACGCCCCAGGAGCUCCAGCUGCACUAUUUCAAGAUGCACGACUAUGACGGCAACGACCUGCUGGAUGGGCUGGAGCUCGCCACGGCUAUCACACACGUACACAAAGAGGAGAGAGGAGAGAACAGCCAGCCCAUGAGAGAGGAGGACCUCAUCAGCCUCAUCGACGACGUCCUGAGGGACGAUGACAAAAACAACGACGGCUACAUCGAUUACGCAGAGUUCGCCAAGUCUCUGGAGUAACGUGAGCGCUGACGUGGUCCCGACAUCGAUGACGACAACAACAACAACAACAACACAACGACGACAACAACAACAACCACGAGGAAUCUGUAGACGGAGGAGGCGAACUGAAAAGCUGCCUCCCGUCGGUCUAGAAAACCAUCGUUUAAUCUUUGCUUUCCCUCACAGGCCGCUGGUCAAUCAGCGUUAUUGGUCAUCACAUUUUAUAUCUAAGUUACGAGCAAAACAAUGUUCUAUUAAAAUGGUUUACCAAGCAACAAAAAAGGGAGAAAAAUGAAAUUGGCUAUUUUAAUUUUUUGGUAGGUUGAAAUUUUCUUUUACAAUAUCACAAAGACACAUGUUUUUUCCUCUGCCUUUCACGGUGUCCGAUCACCACAUACUUUUUAAUUCUGUUUGAGCCAAAUGGCCAAAAUGCUUAAACGUCCCAAUACUUUCAUUGGGAACGAGCACAACCAUCAGUGACAAGUGAAAGCGGAGGCUUCGGUGGCCGGUGGCUCAAUACCGAGAAUAAUAAUAACCCAAACUCUGGCCCUUUAUAGACAUACUGGACAUUAAUUCACACUGGUAACUGGAUAUCAUCAAAACCGAUGUCCCUUUAAAUGGACCGCAGCUCGGAACCGGUGAGGUUUGCGCACACAGGACUCAUUAACUGUAGGUGACACGCUGCCGCUGUGCGAGACCAAACCUUCUGUCCCUUUCUUCUGCUGCCACUCAUGUAGGAGGCAUUCGCCCACGAUAAAGGAAAAGUGGCCGUGACCUGCUCAGCUGUACAGUAGCCUGAUGGCGUGUGUGUGUGUGUGUGUGUGUGUGUGUACAGAAUGUAGAAUACGUUUAGUUUUUUGGGAUAGCGGGCGAAGCGUCAGGGACAUUGAAUGUCGCCAGCGGAGACUCUGCGUUUCCGGACGUCACCACAUUUAUUCAAGCCAAUCGACGCCAAUGUGAAGCCGCGCCGCCGACUCGUGACCCCUGGAUGAGCUUCACCGAGGGCACGCGGUCGACCCCCACCGCAGUCGUUUGAUAAGCUGACGGAGCUCCACUGAGGCCCUCUGCGUGACCUCGCCAUGUUUGCUUCAAAUCAUUAGCUGCCUUUUUAGAAAAAAGAAAAGAAACCUGAUUGUACGUGUUUGGUCUCUUCGUCUCAUCCGUGACGGAUGGGGGAAUUUCAUAUUCUUGCCAUCCAGUAUUGAUUCUUCAAUCAGUUGAAGGAAAAUUUCAAAAAGGAAACGGAUGCAAUGACGUUUCUGCAAUGUGAGAUAUUAAAAACUCUAAUCAACAAA